GCGGCCACGCCCGGCCCGUCCACCAUUUCUCGGGCGGCGGAGGCGCGGGCCGGGGCCGCGGCACGGCGCCCACGGGGCCGGCUCGGGCGGCGGCAUGAGCGCGGGCUGCGAGCGCCCGGCGGGCCCCGGGCCGGUGCCCGCGCCCUGCGCCUCCAAGGUGGAGCUGCGGCUCAGCUGCCGGCACCUGCUGGACCGCGACCCCCUGACCAAGUCGGACCCCAGCGUGGUGCUGCUGCAGCAGGCGCACGGCGAGUGGGUGCAGGUGGACAGAACUGAAGUGGUGAAGAGCUGCCUGCAUCCGGUGUUCUCCAAGGUCUUCACUGUCGACUACUACUUCGAGGAAGUGCAGAAGCUGCGCUUCGAGGUGUAUGACACCCACGGGCCCACUGGGCUCAGUUACCAGGAUGACGACUUCUUGGGGGGCAUGGAGUGCACCUUGGGGCAGAUUGUGGCUCAGAAGAAAAUGACACGGGCAUUGCUGCUGAAGUUUGGCAGAAAUGCUGGCAAGUCCACAAUCACGGUGAUCGCUGAGGACAUCUCCGGGAACAAUGGCUACGUGGAGCUCUCCUUCCAGGCCCAGAAGCUGGAUGACAAGGACCUCUUCAGCAAGUCGGACCCCUUCCUGGAGCUGUAUCGGGUCAACGAUGAUGGAAGCGAGCAGCUGGUGUACAGGACAGAAGUGGUGAAGAACAACCUUAGCCCAGUGUGGGAGCCCUUCAGGGUGUCACUCAACUCCCUGUGUAGCUGCGAGGAGACCCGCUCUCUGAAGUGCCUGGUCUGGGAUUACGACUCUCGAGGGAAGCACGACUUCAUCGGGGACUUUGUCACCACCUUCGCGGAGAUGCAGAAGGUUUUCCAGGACGGCCAGGCCCAGUGGGAGUGUGUAAACACCAAGUACAAGCAGAAGAAGCGCAAUUACAAGAAUUCUGGGGUGGUGAUCCUGGCAGACCUGAAGCUCCACAGGGUCCACUCCUUCCUGGACUACAUCAUGGGUGGCUGCCAGAUUCACUGCACAGUGGCCAUCGAUUUCACGGCUUCCAAUGGCGACCCACGGAACAGCUGCUCCCUGCACCACAUCAACCCCUACCAGCCCAACGAGUACCUGCGGGCCCUGGUGGCCGUGGGCGAGGUCUGCCAGGACUAUGACAGUGACAAGAGGUUUUCUGCUCUGGGAUUUGGAGCCCGAAUUCCUCCCAAGUAUGAGGUGUCCCAUGACUUCGCCAUCAACUUCAACCCCGACGAUGAUGAGUGUGAAGGAAUCCAGGGGGUGGUGGAGGCCUACCAGAACUGCCUGCCCAAGGUCCAGCUCUACGGCCCCACCAACGUGGCACCCAUCAUCACCAAGGUGGCGCACAUGGCAGCGGCCGAGGAGCACACUGGGGAAGCCUCCCAAUACUACAUCCUGCUGAUCCUGACGGACGGCGUGGUGACCGACAUGGCGGACACCCGGGAGGCCAUUGUGCGCGCCUCCCACCUGCCCAUGUCCAUCAUCAUCGUGGGGGUGGGCAACGCGGACUUCACCGACAUGCAGAUCCUGGACGGGGACGACGGUGUCCUGCGCUCGCCCCGGGGCGAGCCCGCGCUCCGGGACAUCGUGCAAUUCGUGCCUUUCCGAGAGCUGAAGCACGCGUCCCCUGCAGCUCUGGCCAAGUGCGUCCUGGCAGAGGUGCCCAAGCAGGUGGUGGAGUACUACAGCCACAAGGCGCUGCCUCCUCGUAGCCUCGGCGCCCGAGCAGGCCAGGCCAGCCCCGGCCCGGCCUCCUGAGGAAGCCACAGAGGACGCCGGAGCUGUCCCUUGGAAGCUCUGAAGCCCCAGUGACCUCCGAAACCUCUUGUUCCCCAGCCCAGGUCCCACCCCUCCUCCCCCAAGGGCCCUGCACCAGGCCCAAAGCUUCAGACCUACCCAGGUACAGAAAGAGCCACUGAGAAUGGGAGGGGCCAGCAGCUGGUCCCCCAAAGGAAAGGGGAGGCGGGGGAGGGUGGAGAGGAGCUUUCAGCAUCUGGUCCUCGUGCACACCCCACACCAUGUGGCUCCACUUUGCUCCAGCGGGCGCCACCCCACCUCACCACCCACCCUGCCCUCCAUGUCUGUGACCUGGAAACCUAUGGAGACUGUAGCUAACACCUGGGCCAAUAAAGCA